AUGGGCAAUCCUAGCGCAUUUAAGCGCCACAAGAGUCUAUCCACUGGUUGGAAGAAAGCAGCAAAAAUAAAUUGCAUUAUUCUCGUCUGUAUGUCCGCAACCUUAGUGGGGUGUUCGAUUGCAACAGCUUUACAAGCUCGAAGUGUUCAGAAAAUACUAUUCUUUUACGGUGGUGAUUGCGAUAGGGGUCUUGUUUCGAAGGUAAAUACAGCAUUCCACUUACUCAUAAAUGUCGUAUCAACUCUCGUGGUCAACGUAGCUCAUUUCAAGGGCUCGUGGUUGGGGAUUGGUGUACCCUCCGUUCGAAAUGUCUUCCACGUCUCUAAGUUUAAGACAAUCUGCUGGGUCAUUCUACUCGCCAGUUCCAUCCCAAUUCAUGUUCUGUUCAACUCUACAAUACUUGAGACGGACUGCCGAGGGACUUAUUUCAAUCUGACAAUCGCCACAGAGGAAUUUAUACAUGGGGCAACUUCUUAUCUACCUGGAGCAAGCUUACUCGUUGAUGGGGUCAUAUUUGAUCCAUUAAAUGACGGAUUCGAGAUCUCAAGGGAAAUAUCAUCCGCAGCAAGAAAUUCACAAGGAUGGGAAAGAAUCGAAAACAGCGAAUGUAAGCAAGAAUACGCAGGUGAUAGCUGCGUGGGCCUGAAGCGCCAUGGAAACCUCGUAUUAGUUACUUCUCAGCCUGGUGGCUGGAUCAGAGAUGUAGAAAUGUGGCACUUUAAUGCCACUCAAUCCCGAUUUUGGGAUAAGUAUGUCCCUUCAAACCAAUCCAAUUCUUUGUUUUACAACGCCCAGUGUAAUAUGACAGCCUUUUUAUUGGAUUUUCAUCCCGGUGAAUGCAGGAAUUCCUGUAUAGAUUCUUUGAGGGAUGACCCCUUUUCUUAUGAUCUUGCGGAAUUUGCUCUUCAAGGUCCAAUUUGGCAUUAUUAUUUUAACGCGGACCUGUUGUCAAUUAUUAAUAAUACCCACCGCGAAAUAUGGGAGUACACUUCCGCCGUACCUCUAGAUGCCCCCGAGUUAUCAAUCGAAUACUGUCUUGCGGAACGACUCGAUAACAACUGCCAAAUUGGGGUUUCGCCGGCGCUCUUAAUGGGUGUUACUAUCUGCGUUGUUAUUAAAACCUGUACGGCUAUUUUAGCCACUGGGGUUUUAAUCAACCAAAAGCAGACGCCCUUAGUCACACUGGGGGAUGCUAUGGCUUCUUUUAUCGAGAAACAUGAUCCUACAACUGCUGGUUUCUGCAGUUUUGGACAAGACGACGCUCGAAAAACUCUGGAAGAUAAACAUGUCUUUAUAUCAUCGGGGACAAGGCAAUGGCAAACAUUGAACAGACGACGCGCUGCAGCAAUACCUAAGCCUGUCUGGAAAGCAAGCUACUUAUUUCUAAUUCUCACUACUCUGGCCUGUGCUAGUUUAUUUACUUACGUAUACCGAUAUAAUGAAGGCAUGUUAGGCUCGUUCUUCGAAGGCGAUCAGAAUGAUCUUGUCGGAUAUGGACAUAGGUUUGCCGAAGCAGUCAUGAUAGCUAAUAGCCCGCAACUUCUGCUGUCGCUUUGCUAUCUUAUCUACAAUAACUUGUUUACUCGUCUUCGUAUGGCCCGAGAGUGGUCACUGUUUAGUCAGGGUUACCAACCCCUUCGGGUUACGGAUCCACAGGGCGAGCAAUAUGCGACAUAUAGGCUACAGCUACCGUACAAGUAUAGUAUACCGCUGAUAUUUGUUAGCAUAUCACUCCACUGGCUGCUCUCUAACACAAUUUAUAUUUUUGUGUCUACUGGAUUUGAAUCAGAUCCCAACUUACCACCCGAAACCACCGUUGCGGUGGGUUAUUCAAUAUACGCUUUCAUGACGAUACUAAUAGUAACAUGUGUCUUGAUUACAAUCCCCCCCAUCCUGAGUGUUAAACGGCUCCCAUCAGACAUGUUGAAUAUUGGAUCCAAUUCUUUUUCGCUUUCUGCCGCAUGUCACGUAUCGAGGCUAUCGCAUGCCGUAACUGCUCAAAUGAACUCAAUAUCCCCUGAUUUGGCCGACUUAGAAUUCGAGCAAACUGCCUCAGAGGCAGGCCCGGAUAGCAUCGAGAUGCAGCAGCUAGUAAUGACUCACCAUCCACCUACCUGGGAAUAUAUAGCUCCAGAGAGACUUCUCAUCGGCUUCGAAAAUCAAGGAGAUGGAGACAGGAAUGAUGAGCGGAGCGGAUUCAGAAAUCUUGCCAGAAGCAGGAUUCGCUGGGGUGUUGUCCAGAUGCCGCCGGAGUGGUACGCCGAAUACGAGCAUGAGGGAGCUGUAGAGCACCUCAGCUUCGGUGUUGAGGAGGAUGACGUACAGCCUCCGGUAGCAGGACAUUUAUAUGCAUAA